AUGCCUACAGGCAAGUACAGUAUGAGAUGUGCCAAGAAGUACAUACUGCUGUUGGCGGGAAUCUGCCUUGUUAUAGUUGGAGUAUUGAUAAUCAAGCAGAAGUCAGCAAGACAUUGUGUGAACAUUCUUGGGGAUAGUUACUCUUCAUAUAUACAGGACUCUAAUGUCGUGUUUCCACUUAAAGAGAAGCUUUCGGAAUAUAAGUAUGACACCCUAUUUUGUCUCUAUGAGAUGUAUACAAGAACUCUACAACAUCAUUGCAAAAGACUUCGCCGGUUUGGUGAGAUUGCGAGAAAAGGUUGGUAUGUGUGUUUAGACUUUUUGGAACCGGCGCCUCACAACUGCAGCGUUGUUUCAGCAAAUUCGGUAUUUGAUGAGUCAGUGUUCGUCAGGCAUAUUGAAGCCUACUGCAGAUGUGAGCAUCAUAAAUACGAGAUGAAUGAAAUGGAGAGCGGGUUCACAAAAACAAGAACGUUCGACUUGUUUACUUUUUCCAUCACAAAGAAAGAUGAUUUGGUUUUGUUGAGGACAAUUUUAAAAUCUGAUGGUUACAAUGUGCGUCAGUUCUUAAUUGAAAUACAUUCCUUAAUGUAUUUUAGUGAAGGUGUUAAAGACUUAAUUUCCGUUUUGCAGAUUUUGUAUCAAAAAGGUUUUAGAUUGGCGUGGUUUGAUAUACCUUACAGAUGUGUUCCAUUACACAAUAACCGAGCCUCGAACUGUAUAAAUCUAAAUUUUGUUCGUGUUUCUAGCGGCGGAAAUAGAAGUAAGAGUAAAGAAAACAGCAAUCUUUUAUUGUUGCCAUCAUCGCAGUAUGUGUGGAAAAAGCUGUCUCGCGUUGAUUUGGCAAUUUCAUUAUACCAUGAAUACCUUUCCACGGUGCAAUUCCAUUGCAAGCAUAUUGUAAGAAUGGGUAAAAUCAACGAUGGUGGAUGGGACAUUUGUCAUGAUUUUAUGUCGAAAUCACAGACAAAAUCUCCCUGUAUCGUGUACUCUUUUGGGAUUGAAAACGAUUUUUCUUUCGAUGAUGAUAUAUCGAACACGUAUGGAUGUCAGGUUUACUCAUUUGACCCAAGUAUGGGUGUUGAUGACCAUCAACGUUCAGAUAAAGUACAAUUUUUUAAUAAAGGAUUGUGGAAUAGUAAACGAUUAUUGAAACGAGCAACAAUUUAUUGGAGUAUGGACACCUUUGAAGGGAUCCGAAAACAACUGAAGCAUGUACAGACACCAAUAAAAAUCCUGAAAAUGGACAUUGAACGUUCAGAAUGGAUUGUUUUGAAACAAAUUAUUGAUAACGGACUUCUUGAAAACGUAGAGCAAUUUUUAGUGGAAUUUCACUCUAUGGGUGAUAGAGAAAAACUUUUUAUUCUCAAAAGUUUAUAUGAUAUUGGAUUUCGGAUAUUCUGGUUCCAUAAAAACCCACUAGGUUCAAACUACAAAACCAGGAAUAUUCCUAUAAGCAGUGCAAACGAAGUAUCUUUUAUCAAUGUCGUUUACUUGAGGAAGCAUGGUAUGCUAUAA